AUGGCGCUGACCCGUCGGUUCAUCUUCCUCUUCGCUGCCGCCAUCCUGGCCGGACUUGCCUCCGCCUCGGCGUCGCCCUUCCUGUCUGACAGCGUAUUGCAGGCCAGCACCGGAUCUACUGGGAGGAGCUUGCUGCAGACCAAUAAUGGCUGCCCUAUGAGCUUCGAGUCCCAGGACUAUACAAUAAUCACAAGCAGGUGCAAAGCGCCACAGUAUCCUCCUAAGGAAUGUUGUGAUGCUUUCAAGGAAUUUGCAUGCCCAUUUGCCGUCUACAUCAACAACCAGAGCACCAACUGUGCAGACGCUAUGUUUUCCUACAUCAACUUGCAUGGCUCGUACCCAGCAGGCCUAUUCGGCACCGAGUGCGUCAAAGGCAAGGAAGGGGUUUCCUGCGAAGGCGUCCCAGGGAAAGGCGCCGGCGUGCCAAGUGGCGGACGGCGAGCUCAAGGGAGUAUCCGUUCUUUGGUUCCUAUCUUGUGUGGGCUAGGAGCAUUGUUGUUCCAUUGA